CUAAAAUAUAAAUCAAUGUGAACUUAUUUCUUAUUUUAGGUGGCUCAAAGUGAACAGAUGACAUAUACAGACCUUGUUCAUGAAUUAACGGACGGUCUGUUGACAGAUCUGGAAAAAGUCAGGGCUAUAUUCCGGUGGAUCACUGUAAAGGAUUUGAAUGUGAUGGAUUUUGAAGAGUCUACCAACGCCGACACUCCUCUUGGUUUACUUCGUGGUAUCAAAUAUGGGACUGAGACGUAUCAUGUGCUUUUUAUGAGACUCUGCAGUUACGCUGGUCUACACUGUGUCGAGAUCAAAGGUCAUUCCAAAAGUGUCGGAUAUGAGCCUGGGAUGAAGAUUCAACCGGAAAUGUUUCAAAAUACAUGGAAUGCUGUCCUCAUAGACGGGGAUUGGAGGCUGGUGCAGUGUAACUGGGGGGCAAGGCAUUUGGUUCUUAAUAAAGAUCGGAAAAGAGGCGGAUCAGAUAAGAAUAAAGAAAAUGGGAUGACAGAGCACGGCACUGAUAAGAAAGAGGUUAAGUCAGAUAAAUCUAAGGAUAAAAUACGUUACCAGUAUGAUGAACAUUAUUUUCUGACUGACCCUGAUCAAUUUAUUCAAGAAUUCUGGCCAAAAGAGAGCGAGUGGCAAUUGUUGGAUGCUCCAAUUACGCUUGAGGAGUUUGAAGCACUUCCGUUUGUACGAUCUGUUUUCUUCCAUUUUGGUAUGAGAUUUGACAAGACCAUGCCUGCUGUCAUUGAGACAAAUGACCGUGGAGGAGCAGAUAUUCGUAUUAAAAUACCCGAAAUGUUUGAAAAUGAUUUAGUAUUCUACUAUCAGUUGCGUUUCGCUGAUACAGAGCGAAAGCUAGAGGCAACGUACCGUGGAGCUGCAUUGGAGAGAUUUGUAUUUCAAACUACCUUGGAUAAUACGGCAAUGUUCAGUAUCCAUGUGCCUACAACAGGAGAAUAUUAUUUUGAAAUAUUUGCUAACAAAAUCAAUGAAAGCAACAAAAUUAGUGGCACCUUGGAUGACACUAUCUCACCUUUCAGACUUAAAUGUGCUUGCAAGUUCAAAAUCAGGUGCAAAGCUUUGAAAGGCAAAAUGCAUCCUUUACCAGAUUGUGCUGCAGGCGAAUGGGGUCCGAAGAAAGCUGUCCGCCAUUUUGGUUUGCAGCCAAUCUAUCUUGAUCAUUCUGAUACGUCAUCCGAUACCGGAAGUACAUCUAGUAAUGAUUCACCUGAAAACCCCAAAGCCGGUAUUUUAAAUGUUGAAGAUUCCGUUACACUUAAGUUCCGAAUGCCUGUGCCGCUACAAUUUGUUGUUAAACUCAAGCUCAACAAUGUUGAACAGAAACCGCUGGAUGCUUUUGUUUAUCACGCCGUAGAGAGUAACGUUCUUACAGUAACAGCGACAAUGCCACAAUUAGGACAAUAUGGUCUUGACAUUUACGCAAAGCCCAAAACGUCCGAUGCAAAAACUCUCUCACAUGCAUGUAAGUACCUGCUGAAUGCAGUCAAAGUGUCAAACCCUGUUGAGCUUCCAAAGAUCAACCGAUCUUUCGCUCGUAAAGGAACAAUUGGACCCUCUCAAGCAUUUGAUCAGAUGGAACUACUAUUGAAGUCCCAUUUGGAUCCCCAGAUUACGAUGGAGGAAAAGGAUUCCGAAACACAGAUCGAAAUAGAGGCUCCAGAGGAUGUUGAAGUAUCACAUCAUUUACUUCGUGAACCAGACGAAGAUUGUAAAGAAUUUGUUACCAUGGUCAGGAACGGAACCAACGUGAAAUUUUUUAUGAAACUAGGGAAACAUGGGAACUAUUUGUUCUGUAUUUAUGCACGACGUACAAAGGGGAAUGAUAGCUCUAUGACUAAUGUAUACAAUUAUGUAAUUGCGCACAAGAAAAGAAAUCCCUUAUUUUCUUCCCAGAGUAACGGUUCGGAACCACCUCAAGUUGUGUUUGAAGAAAAGAAAUCACAUGGUCUUCUUAGGAAAUCCAUCUUCGGCUCUAAGAAAAAAGACAAAGAAAAGGAGAAGAAAAAGUAAAUCAGAAAAAUGACAAAUUGUUUGUAUGUUCAUACAAAAUAAUCAGGAUGUUAUAUUUUUGUUCAACCUUUUUCAAACAAAAUUUCAAUUACUGGUGUUCAAAACAAAAUGUUCAUAAUCAUUAUUAACCAUAUUUACAUGUAUGAUAUGUAAUGUAUAGGGGCAUUUAGAUUUACCCUUGUCUGUCCUUUGUGUCCUUUCUCAUGUUGUGUCUCACUUAGCUCAAAAAGUGUUUGACCUAGAUUCAUGAAACUUUACAGGAAUGUUAGUCAGCAUCUGUAGUUGUAUUGCAUGUGGAAUUAUUCAGUAUUUGUAGAUUUAUGCCAUUGACUUAGUAAAAGUUUGCGAUUUUCAACUUGUGUCGCACAUAUUGAUUUAUUUGUGUAUAUAUAUAUAUAUAUAUAUGUCAUAUUACAAUACAUUAAAGACAAUUUAUCACAGAUAUAUCUAUAACAUUAUAUGUAACACAAUAGUUAAUUGAUAAAUAAAAACUUAACUUUCGUAUUAAAUCAAAGAUCUAGUUGAUUUCAAGACAUAUAUGCAACACAGGAUUACCUAUGAAAGUUCAAUAUUGAACAGAGAAAUUUCAAAUGGUAUACUGGACUCGGGGGGUCAAACGUAUAGCGGUGCAAUACUUCUUUAAGCGAGGUGAAAUCAUGCAAUACGGCAUAAUGGCCGAAGAAAGUGAAAACGAAAGUGGGUAUGAGCAUAAUUAAUGAGCAUGUUUUAUUUCAAAUAUUUGUUGUAUAUUGUAAUUUCUUGAAGAAUAGCAUUGUGCAUGCUGAUCAGAACUUAUAAUUGUGCAUGAUAUUCAAAAUAAAAUACUAAAUUUGAAAGUAUUGAGUAAGUUAUUGAGGUAUUUGUUGCUGCAAAUUCAACCGUCAACAUGAUAUGCACAUGCAAACGAAUACAGAAUCAGUACAUUUAAAACAUAUAUUUGAUUAGUUUUAGUCCCAACAUGUUUAUUUCAUAUAAGCUUUAAGCUUUCUACUCGAUCCUGAAUGCAAUUUAUGUAUUGUAAUUUUGUCUGUAAUUGAUGAAAUAUUGUUUAAACCAACAUGUUUAUUUUUGAUAACAAAAUGAUAUACAAGAGUAGUUUUCCAUAUUUAUUUGAAAAUCUAUACAAUAUUUCGAGUUUUCUUACUGUACGCCUUAAUAAUUGGUCCGAUUAACUAACUGUACUCACAAAUUUUGGUGUGUUUUUCUGUAGCGUAGGGGACUUCCUCAUUAUAGUAUAUUCUUAUUCAAUAUUGAUGAAAGAUCAAAUUUUGUGUUUGUAUGUUUAUCAUAUGUAAACCACAGUGUCAAUAAAAACAACAGUGUCAAUUAA